AUGCAUCUUUUAAAAUUGUCACCACAAAUCAAAAACACCUAUUGGAAUAUUCCCCAAAAGAAUUUCCGAACAAGCUUAACACAAUUUGGAGAGAGAAAAAAAAAUCGCAUUUUGCAUUUAUAUCCAACUUGUAAAAGUGAGAGUCGUGAUAGAAAGCUCCCAUUUUUUGAGAGUCAAAGAUUUAGUACCAUUAACAACAAAAAAGAGAUUAGGAAAAUGGCGACCAUAGUGCCACAGGUAGUGUCCCUGGACCCAACGACCAUACCCAUAGAUUAUCACACCCCCAUAGAUGACUUAAACAUAGAGGUAAAAGAUAUCAACAAGGAGGCGUGCCCCGCGGAUGAGGGCCUCAUCGUAUUCCUCCUGAACAGUGCUCCAAAGGAUAACAGCAAGAGUGAUAAAGGUGAAAGUAGCGGAGCUAUCAAAAUAAACUCCAACAUGAACGAUAAAACGAUUAAUGAAUUUCUAAAAGAAGGAAAUAUGGAAAACUUCACAGGAAAGGUAGGAACCAGCAAAAGCUUCUACGUAGCCAAUGAGAAGAAGAAGUAUAUCAGCCUUGCCUAUGUUGGAUGUGGUCCUGCGAACGAAGAAACUGAACUGGAAAUUAGGAAAAUAGCAUACACACUAGCCACCUUGUUGCAUGAAAACAAGAACAAGAAGGUUUCCAUCGUUUUUGAGUUAAAAUUAGAAGAAAAUUUAUUUAGAUUUUUCCUGGAGCAUUUAUUUUACGAAUACGUGACGGAUGAGAGAUUCAAGUCCGCUGAUAAGAGUACUAAUAUUGAUUAUAUUAAAAGUUUAUCAUUGUACAUGGCGAAUGCUGAUAUUUAUAAAGGACAAGUAGACAAAGCGCGUGUUUAUUUUUAUGGUACCUACUACGCGGCGCAAUUGAUUGCAGCUCCAUCGAACUACUGUAAUCCAGUUUCUUUGUCCAACGCAGCUGUGGAGUUAGCCCAGAAGGUAAAUCUUGAGUGCAAAAUUUUAGAUGUGAAGGAAUUAGAGGAUCUUAAAAUGGGCGCAUAUCUAUCUGUCGGAAAGGGAAGUAUGUAUCCAAAUAAAUUCAUCCAUCUGACAUAUAAAGGGGCUAAGAAGGGAGAUAAAGGAAAUACGAAAAAAAAAAUUGCACUAAUAGGAAAAGGAAUAACGUUCGAUUCAGGAGGAUAUAACUUGAAAGCUGCUCCAGGAUCCAUGAUAGACUUGAUGAAGUUUGAUAUGAGUGGUUGUGCAGCUGUGUUAGGAUGUGCCUACUGUAUAGGUACCAUGAGACCAGACAAUGUAGAAGUUCACUUCUUAAGUGCAGUGUGUGAAAAUAUGGUUUCCAAAAAUUCCUAUCGCCCUGGUGAUAUCAUCACAGCGUCCAAUGGAAAAACUAUAGAAGUUGGUAACACCGAUGCAGAGGGAAGACUAACAUUAGCUGAUGCCUUAGUCUAUGCAGAAAAGUUAGGUGUGGAUUACAUCGUAGACAUUGCCACCUUAACAGGAGCUAUGCUGUACUCUCUAGGAACUAGUUAUGCUGGCGUUUUUGGAAACAACGAUCAGUUAAUAAAUAAAAUUUUAAAUUCAUCUAAGACAUCUAAUGAGCCAGCCUGGUGGUUACCCAUCAUUAAUGAAUAUAGAUCCUCCCUAAAUUCAAAGUAUGCUGACUUGAAUAAUAUUUCUUCCAGUGUGAAAGCUUCCUCUGUUGUGGCUUCACUAUUUCUAAAGGAGUUUAUUGAGAAAACCCCCUGGGCCCAUAUAGAUAUUGCGGGAGUGUCAUGGAAUUUCAAGGCCAGAAAACCCAAGGGUUUUGGUGUUCGUCUGUUAACUGAGUUCGUCCUUAACGAUGCGGUGUAA